GAGACUGUUGAGGGAGGGGGGGAGGGGGGACACAGAGGGAGGAAGAAGCGGCGGCGGCGGCUCCUCUUUGCAGAGGGGAAAACUCCGAGGGCUCGGAGCAGGAAUAAUGCGGUAGCGCGGCGGGCUGCUCGCUCCCGGCUCCGGCAGCAGCGGCGGCAGCCCGAGCAGCGGCAGCAGCAGCGGCAGCGCCCCAGGCGCUGACAGCCCCGCCGGCCGGCUCCCUCGCUGACCGCCGACUGUCAAUGGAGCUGGAAAACAUCGUGGCCAACACGGUCUUGCUGAAAGCCAGGGAAGGGGGCGGAGGAAAGCGCAAAGGGAAAAGCAAGAAGUGGAAGGAAAUCCUGAAGUUCCCUCACGUUAGCCAGUGUGAAGACCUCCGAAGGACCAUAGACAGAGAUUACUGCAGUUUAUGUGACAAGCAGCCGAUUGGGAGGCUGCUUUUCCGGCAGUUCUGCGAAACCAGGCCUGGGCUGGAGUGUUACAUUCAGUUUCUGGACUCAGUGGCAGAAUAUGAAGUUACUCCAGAUGAAAAACUGGGAGAAAAAGGGAAGGAAAUUAUGACCAAGUUCUUCGCCCCAAAGUCCCCUGUCUUCAUCGCCCAAGUCAGCCGAGACCUGGUCUCCCAGACGGAGGAGAAGCUCCUGCAGAGGCCGUGCAAAGAACUCUUUUCUGCCUGUGCACAGUCCGUCCAUGACUACCUGAGGGGAGAACCAUUCCACGAAUACCUGGACAGCAUGUACUUCGACCGCUUCCUGCAGUGGAAGUGGCUGGAGAGGCAACCAGUGACCAAAAACACUUUCAGGCAGUAUCGAGUGCUAGGAAAAGGGGGCUUUGGGGAGGUCUGCGCCUGCCAGGUUCGGGCCACGGGUAAAAUGUACGCCUGCAAGCGCCUGGAGAAGAAAAGGAUCAAAAAGCGGAAAGGGGAGUCCAUGGCGCUCAACGAGAAGCAGAUCCUGGAGAAGGUCAACAGUCAGUUUGUGGUCAACCUGGCCUACGCCUACGAGACCAAGGACGCGCUGUGCCUGGUCCUGACCAUCAUGAACGGGGGCGACCUGAAGUUCCACAUCUACAACAUGGGUAACCCCGGCUUCGAGGAGGAGCGGGCCUUGUUUUAUGCGGCCGAGAUCCUCUGCGGCCUGGAAGACCUCCACCGCGAGAACACCGUCUACAGAGAUUUGAAACCUGAAAAUAUCCUGUUAGACGAUUACGGCCACAUCAGGAUCUCAGACCUGGGCCUGGCCGUGAAGAUCCCCGAGGGAGAGCUGAUCCGCGGCCGGGUGGGCACCGUCGGCUACAUGGCUCCAGAGGUCCUGAACAACCAGAGGUACGGCCUGAGCCCGGACUACUGGGGCCUGGGCUGCCUCAUCUACGAGAUGAUCGAGGGCCAGUCGCCGUUCCGCGGCCGCAAGGAGAAGGUGAAGCGGGAGGAGGUGGACCGCCGGGUCCUGGAGACGGAGGAGGUGUACUCCCACAAGUUCUCCGAGGAGGCCAAGUCCAUCUGCAAGAUGCUGCUCACCAAAGACGCGAAGCAGAGGCUGGGCUGCCAGGGGGAGGGGGCCGCUGCGGUCAAGAGACACCCCUUCUUCAGGAACAUGAACUUCAAGCGCUUAGAAGCCGGGAUGUUGGAGCCUCCCUUCGUUCCAGACCCCCGGGCCGUGUACUGUAAGGACGUGCUGGACAUCGAGCAGUUCUCCACCGUGAAGGGCGUCAACCUGGACCACACGGAUGACGACUUCUACUCCAAGUUCUCCACGGGCUCCGUGUCCAUCCCGUGGCAAAACGAGAUGGUAGAAACAGAAUGCUUUAAGGAGCUGAAUGUAUUUGGACCUAACGGUACCCUCUCGCCAGACCUGAACAGGAGUCGCCCUCCAGAGCCGCCAAAGAAAGGGCUGCUGCAGAGAAUCUUCAAGCGCCAGCACCAGAACAAUUCCAAGAGUUCGCCCAGCUCCAAGACCAGUUUUAACCACCACAUAAAUUCAAACCACGUCAGCUCGAACUCCACGGGCAGCAGCUAGUUCCCGCUCUGGCCUGGCGUCCCGUCCGCGGCGGAACCGGCCCGGACCCUCCUGCUCAGCAGCGGAGCCGGCGGAGCUUCCGCUCUGGCCGGGCGGCCGGGGGAGCCCUCCAGGAGCCGAGGAAGGAGGCCGUCCACCUGUCGACGUAGAACCUCGAGGUUUCUCAAAGAAAUUUCCACUCAGGUCUGUUUUCCGAGGCGGCCCCAGCCGGGGUGGACUGGAUUUGUCCGUGUCGAACAUUGCAAUAGAAGUCCAAUCGGAUCUGACAACUUGCACGUAUUUUAAUAGCGUCCUAACUAGAACUGAAUUUUGUCUUUAUUAUUUUUAAAGAAAAGUUUUGUAAAUUUCUCUAUUGUCUCAGUUUACAUUUUGUAUAUUUGUAUUUAAAUGAAAGUUCGACUUUGAGGGUGUAUAUUUUCUGUGCAGCCACUGUUAAGCCAUGUGUUUUAAGACAUUUUAGCGGGGAGGGGUUUACAAAAAAAAAAAAUGUGACUCAAGACUUCCAGAGCCUCAAAUGAGAAAACGUUUUUAUUAAAUGUAGAAAAUGAUUCACAGUUCACUUUAAAGGAUUGGUUCUAUUUACCUACAUCCAUCUCUAUAACCUUCUCACAUUGGAAUCACCAUCCUGUUGGCUGUAACCAUCUGAAUUAAAUGCUGGAGACACACUUGGGACUCCCCCCACCCCUGCCCCAGCCAGAAUGUCCUCUGUUGGGGCCCAUGGUGUCACCGGGGUAUGCCCUUCUCCUUAAGGGGUGCACCACGGUUGCUUCUGCCUCUGCCUCCCCUUCUGGAAGGCAGCUGGUACUCAGAGAGGGACAUUCGCACCCUGGUGGGCCCUGGGCCUCUUUCUUUCUCAGUGGGUCCUGGCUGCUAAGCCAGUAGUUUGCAACAGACUUGCCUUUGGGGAUUUUUGUUUUAUUUUUAAUGGAAUAGUAGUGAUCAUAAGGAUUACUCAUGGAGCCGCGACUGUCCCAAACCCUUAGGGCCCAUGGAAGCAGCAGGAAGCAAGAGUCAGUGGGCUCGUCCUGAAUGACCACAUUUGUGUCUGUAGAGGGGGCAGGGGAGCUCGCCCAGGGACCCCGGCAUGUUCUCAAAGUGGUCACAGGGUCUCGAGACCUUCACGGGCCCCACCAGUUUGCUGGGCCAUGUGGCAUGGGUGAGGUGGUCUGUCCAGGCAGACAGGACGCCCGAGGCGGGCUGGGCCACCAAAAAACCUCAAGACAAACUCAUUAUCUCUUCCUGGGAGAGCUGGGCUGGAGGCGAGAUCUAACUGGCGUCUCAGACUAGCCCUGAGAGGACUUGGUGUCUUUGCCGGACCACGGCCCUCUGAAGGCAGUCCCCGGGCCCUCAUAGCAUGACUGUCUAGCCCCAGGGAGCUGCUGGCCACCCCCUGCCACCUCCAUGAAGUGACAAGGAGCAAAUCUGCCCUCCCCUCCCCUCCAGGGCAGGGUGGGUGGUGAGUCGCACUGGCUGGGUCCCUGGCAUCUAAUCCUGCCUCACAACUGGUCUCAGCCGCCCCGCAGCUGCCAGCGUUUCUCGCGGUGUGGGCCCUGCACUACCUGCAUUGGUGCCUUCCGCUAAAAUGCAGAUUCCCAGGCUCCACCCCCCACCUACAGAAUGGGCGUCUCUGGGAGCAGGGCCUAGGAACAUGCAUCGUUAAAAAGCUCCCCGGAUCAUGCCGAUGACCCUGGAGCGGGAGAACCACUGCGGUGGGCCACCAGCGGGGCUUCGUGUGUGAUUGUCCUGAACACACUUCUCUAGGUGGUGCAGCAGCUCUCGGGGAAGAGUCGUGAGCACGCCAGCUCCAUGUCCCACUUUCCGUGCCCUGCCCCAGACUGCCCGGUCCUGGGGCAUGCUGCUACAAAGGGGCCUGCCCUUUGGGACUGAUCAUUUUGAGGUCAUUUAACAAACAAAUGGGGGAAAGGAAAUAGUCGGGCUUCCCUCAGACCUUUUUAAUGUGCAGUAUUAUUUUCUUCAAGACCAGCCCUUGUCUGCUGCUUCCAUUACCUUUGCUGGGCUGAUACAAAACAAUUGCAGCCAUAUUCAGGUUCUGCCAAGGAAGUGGGAAGCUCUUUGAACAGUGUUUUAAGAUCCUCAAGUUCUUGCGGAUCUUUCUUGAUGAAAAGAAGGACCAUCAUCCUAGGACGGUCGCCAGCCUAAGCACCCCCACCCCAGCCUCCUGUCCUGUAGGUUCAUCCCUUUGCUCCAUCCACAGCAACUCAGUCCUUGCCGAAUGGAUCGGAGUGAGAUGCCAUCUCUUUUUAUGCCUCAAAGCCAACGCACUGUCCAUUUGCAGUGGAGAAUCCCAAAGGAGCAAGAAAGAAAACAUACGUGUGGCUGCCGUGUUCCUACGUCACGUGCGCUCCAAUGAUACCAACACGCAGGCCUUGCCUUGCACGGACUCUGAUGAUCGCCUGAGUCUUCCUUCCUGUUCACCGCCUGUCCCCGAGUGCCCGGAGACAGGGACAGAGUCACUUGGCCUGUGAAAUCCUCCUGUUCCUUUUGGCCCAUCCACUGCCUGCAGUGAGAGAAGGGAAGUCUUUAGAACAGUGCCUGAAAAUCCGCCCUUCUCCCCACCUUCUCCUACGACAACCUUGGUUCCCAGAGCUACAUUUUUUAAAAGAUGUUUUUAAAUUAAAAAGGAACAACCCCCCUGCCGCCCAUCCGCCUGUCCAGGAGAAGGCAUAUUUGGACCACGAGUGGAUCUAACUCCCUUUAAUGCAUUUGAGCUCUUCGCAGAAGAGCCUUUCCUGCUCCAAGAGUGACAUUUUUCUCACCAUACGUUCACUGACUUCGUGCCUUCGAGGUGAGACGUCGGGUCUCUCAGAAGCGUCUCUGCUUCCACUUUUGAGGAGACGAGCUGCUGUCCCCGAUGGACAGGGGUGGUCUCUGCCACGGGUGGCAGAGUGUUUCUCGAGGCCCUCGGGGGCCCCCAGACUGUUGCCUGGAAUAUCGAGAAGAGCCAGCCCUCGCUGCGUGGAGGGUGUGUCCCCAUCCCACAUCAAUUCAUUCUGGAAUCCUUGGCCAGGAAUAUCGUUGUUUAAACCCGGAGGCCCGACGGCUGCUCGCUUGCACAGCGGCUAAGCGUGGCUCUGUCUUGAGCGGCCACCGGAGGGUUUGCUUGUUUCCUGAAGUGCGCUGCUUGUCUUGGAGGGGUGGGUGGCAGGGAGGCCUGGCCUGCUCCGCAGACACCACGGUGUGGCCUGGGUUAUGUGCACGUCAGCAGGCAGCCGCUGGGACAAAGGUUGGCCCUGAGCUCUGGGGACACACGCGUGGGCACCACCGUCGCACUGAAAGCACAAGUAGAAUGCAGCUGCCUGCCCUGGAGCCCAGGUGAGCCCUGAGGAUGCUGGAAUUUUCCAUGCCUCUCCGUGGAGCCAGCCCCACUGUUGACAUCCCGCUUGUCUCCCACACCCUGUCCUUUCCCGAAAGGCUCAGGACAUCGGUUCCCGUUUCCCACCGACUUUCUCACUGAGCUGCUGACCUCAAAGUGGAGGGGGCGUCCCGGCCUUGCCAAAGGCAAUGGCGGAUUCUCAGACGAGCAGAAAUGUCCGGGAGGGGGAGGAAACGCCCGUCUGGGUGGCAUUCGGCUCUCCGCUUGGUUUCCUCGUGUGCUCGCACAUCCAGCUGAAUGCUCGUACGCUUCCGAGGGCAACCUCUGCGGGUUGUCCCCUGUUUCCAUAACCUGACACUCUGAGAAAGGGUCUUCUAACAUUGUAACCCUUGCUAUGGAAAGGUAGUGAGUAUGAAAGCUUUGUGCAUUGGGAAGUGGCAUAGCUGAGCGAGUCAGGACCAGCAGAGAGCUCAAACCUUCCUGGUCACAACAGACCACAUGGGGAAGCCUCGUCCCCCAAGGCACCUUCUGCACCUAUCGUCACAACCAGCCACCCAGCAGUUGAAGCCCAGACGUGUGUAGGUCAGACCCUGCCCAGGCACAGAGUGUCUCAUCUGGCCUAAAUUUAAAGGUUCAUGCUGGGGACAGCGAUUGAAAACAUUUAGAAGGCCGGCUGUCCCUGGGAGGGAAAGACACUUCCCCAAGAGAAGCUAGGUGUCUUUCCCUGUCCACUGAGAAGUCAUUUUUGUAACAGACCCAAAGCAAGCGUUCUCAGUUAGAGGAGUUUAGUGGUUGUUGAAACAAUAAUAAUCAUUCUAGCAUCCAGAGGCUUCUAUUUUUUUUUUUUUUUCAGGGAGAUUUUAACAUUGGUGAAUGGAAACAGCUCCACUUUGGAGGCCAUUCCUGAAGGUAGCGGCUUUUGUCCUCCUGCUGCUCUGACUCUGUGUGUCCGUCUAACAUGUCACAAUGCUGCUGGACCUAGAUCAAACCACUGUUUUUGUCUUUUAAAGAGAAAUAAAUCCCUUAAUGAAAA